UUUAGAUAAGAGGGGAUCCCAGGGAAGGGCUGUGAGCUGCUCUGGGAUUGAUUGGCCGUGGCUGCUCUCCCUGUGUGCAGUGACCGGCUUACUCUCAUUCUGUGCUAGAGAAGCAGAGACCUGAGCCUCUCCCUGUAAGGGGAUGGGGGUGCCCACCGCCUGUCACCCGGGAUGUCUGCACUUGCCCUGUGCUCACCCCCCUGGCUCUGACACCCCCUGACAUGGGUCUUUGCUGCUGUCGUGAUAGAGAACACCUGAGCUCAGCCUUAGGUGACAAGGUUGCAGUAAAUCAUGAAGCUUUCCUUCUCAUGGCCAAUUCUCAGAAUGAAAUGGAGGACUGGGUGAGAGCUAUACGCAGGGUCAUCUGGGCUCCCUUUGGUGGAGCAGUUUUUGGGCAAAGCUUGGAGGAUGCAGCCAAUAUGGAGGGGAGUCUGGCCCCUUUGGUUGUGGAGCAGUGUGUGGAUUUUAUUCGGGAACACGGGUUACAAGAGGAAGGUCUGUUCAGGCUACCAGGACAGGCCACACUUGUGAGGGACCUACAGGAGACUUUUGACUGUGGAGGGAAACCUCAGUUUGAUGUAAACACAGAUGUCCAUACAGUGGCGUCGCUUCUCAAACUCUACCUGCGGGAGCUUCCUGAGCCAGUCAUACCAUUUAGUAGAUACCAGGACUUUUUGGCAUGUGCCCAUAUUUUAUCCAGGGAUCAAGAAGAGGGAACUGAAGAGCUGUGCAGGUUAGUGAGCAGCCUACCAGCAGCCAAUUACAACCUCCUGAAGUAUAUAUGCAGUUUCCUAGAUGAAGUGCAGUCUCACUCUGGUGUUAACAAGAUGAGCGUGCAUAAUUUAGCCACUGUCUUUGCUCCAAACAUCCUACGCCCCAAAUUACAGGAACCACUGGCUUUAAUAGAAGGUGCGUCUCUGAUCCAGCAUUUAAUGACUUUUCUGAUCAGUGAGAACCAGCAAGUUUUCCCAGUGAUAAAAUCGGAUGCUGCAGUGUGUUCCACGGGACAACAAAUUGGCAGUGCAGAGUGGCUUCCAUCAGGUUGCCCUGCAGAGUGUAAACAAUCCCUAGACUUGCCACGAACUGUGGAGCCCAUUGUUAAUGGGAGUCGUGAACAAACACCAGCAAAAAACCAAAUGUGGUUGAACUGGAAGUCCUCAUUCAGGUCAUCUACCACCAAACAGGGUUCCUCAAGUUCUGAGAUCCCCAAUCUGCCAUCCAGUGGUGCUUGGCUGCUAAACGGACUUUCUUCUCUGCGAGGUCAUCGUAGGACAUCUUCAGGAGAAAGGGACUCAGUACAGCGUCUAUCAACGUAUGACAAUGUCCCAUCCUGUCCGCCAUCUCUGCACAACAGCACUUGGUCCUCCUCCUGUAAUGUAUCUGUAACAGACUCUCUGGGCAGUUGCUCAGUAUGCAGAAGUCAAGUAUCCCAGGGUUCUGAGACUGGAUGGCAGGAUUCUCCUUCACAAAGCCAAAGGGGCACCAUAUGCCUCGUGGACAGCACUGAGAGGUUGGAGAUGUGUGUGAGCAGCAGUGAGCACAGUGAUGCACUGACUUCAGGAUCGGUAGAGGCCUGGGACACAUGCCACCGGAUGGUGACCGAGAUGAAGACAGAGCUAAGUAAACAGAGGCAGGAAUAUGAAAGUAGAAUACAAAGUUUGGAAAGAUCGCGAGCAGAGCUACGUCUCCAGUUCAGCUCCCUCCAGGAGGCACUGGAGCAAGAGAAGAAACACUGCACUUUGCUUGAAAUCAAACUCAGGAAUUCAGAGCGGGCACGGGAGGAUGCUGAAAACAGGAACACCCUUUUACAGAAGGAGAUGGAAGAAUUUUUCCAGACUCUGGGAAACCUGUCCCAACAAAAGAGUCCAAACCACACAUAGUGGUGUUCUUGUUAUGCGAGUGAUUGUGCCACAGCUACAUUUCAGAACUGCAGCAGGGCACGGAACCUCAGUUUGGGUCGAUCAUACCACAUCUGUACAGAACCUCAGGGACUAAAAUGCAACCAGGAGGAUAAUUCUGGCCAGCUUCUUCAGAUACACCGGCCACUGAUCCUUGUUUUGUUUUUAUUUUGUCCCCCCUUUUCUGGGAUUAAUAAGAUGGUUCACUGAAUUUGCAGUUUUAUAGAAGAAAAAUUGAAAGUUAUUAUUUGACUAUUUUGGACUCUUGUCACAUUUUGCACGUUCUAGUUGAAUGCCACUGCGAGAUCUACAAAGCCACACUAGAAAGUUUGUUUUAAGCACUGCAUUGAAUGUAAUCCAUUGUACGAAUACUGCAUGCAAUGUGUAUGGUGACAAAAGGUAUGUUCGGGUCUUCAGAGACAGAGGGAACCGAGAUGUAUAAAUGUAUAUGUGUGGGUGCUGUAGAUUAACUUGCCUUACAUGUAUAGGGCCAAUUACAUAUUUACAAAAUUUACUUUGCAGUUUUCAUAUAGUAUUUCACAAUUGAGAGGUAGUUGUUGCAGUCCUUAAUAGUUUAAGGAUUUUCUGUGCCUCCACCCAGAGUGAAUGUUGAUUGAUCCUUGUAUUUGACCCUGCCUUCCGUUAUUAAACUAGUUUUUGUUUUUACAAAGCGGUGUAGAAGUCAUGGCAAUUGUACUUACAAGCUGUAAAUAUUUGUAUACGUAUAUUAUUUAUCAUUUUAACAAUUUAAAAGUAACAAGUUAAACUCAAGGAUUCUGGUAUACGUCUCCUUCCAGACCCUAUUUUCUCAGGAUUUAAGAUUUGAUAUAUACCGGGUUUAGAAUAUCACGUUGUAUAUCUGGGUACCAAAAAGAUUGUUUUGAGAUCAAACUUGAUAAAACUCCCCUCUGUGCAAAUACAUAACUUACUGUUAUGGAUCACCUUAAUAUCUCAAGUUGUUUUUCGAGGGGUGCAUAGAAACUCUAGAAUUAAUUUUUCCACAACUAUCCCAGAAUUACCAGCUUGACAUGCAAGUGAGCACAGAUAGGCAUCAUGUUUUAGGCUUUAUGCUGCAUUUCUGCAGAUACUCUUCGCAAAAGAGUAUAAACAUUUUGUUUAUACCAAAGCAUGGGUUAUGGUCCAAGAGCAGCCAUGGAGUCCAUACCAUGCAGUCCAUUUGUUGGUUUCUGAUCACUUCCUGACUAACGUUAAUGUGUCUGACUCUUCCAGGAAAUAUUGGGUUAAUGUAUGAAAGGUUUUUGUUUGCUAAAAGUGGUGCAUUUUGACCCAUUAGGAAAAUCUAUCUAAUGUUUAGUCGUAUUGCAGAUUAUUUCUAAAAACUAGAACAAAAUUGCUCUAUUUUUUUUUUUUUCUCUCUUUAAAACAUCACUUCAUUGCUGUACAGUUCU